AUGUCAGGACGGCUGCGGCUUUUAAUUCGUAAAGACAGAAUCAGUGAUCUUCCGGACGCACUUCUUCAUCAAAUCCUCUCUUUUCUUCCUACCAAAGACGCUGCGGCCACAACCAUCCUCUCAAAGAGGUGGAAGCCACUCUUCCUCUCGCAGCUCAUACUCCGAUUCGAUGACCACACCUUUCCAGACUAUUUCGCCUUUCGAGGAGUUGAAAACCUAAGCAUCAAUCUCUGCAAGUAUAACUCCGAUAUCAUACUGCCUGCUUUGGUUCUAACUACCAAAACCUUGACAGUCCUCAAAUUGAAGAGUGUAACAUUGAACGAAGUUCCUUUCGUUAAUCUUCCCUUGCUAAAAGUCCUUCACUUAGAAUCUGUCGGUUUCCCACAUUAUGAGUACAUCAUGAAACUUCUAUCCGGCUGUCCCAUUCUAGAGGAGUUGGAAGCAAAGGAUUUAAUCAUUACAACACGAGGAGUUGAAAACCUAAGCAUCGAUCUCUGCCAUAAAUCCAAAACCACAUUGCCUUCUUUAGUUCUAACUAACAAAACCUUGACCGUCCUCAAAUUGAAGAGGGUAACAUUGAAUGAAGAAGUUCCUUUCGUCGAUCUUCCCUCGCUAAAAGUGCUUCACUUAAAAUCUGUCAGUUACACAUAUUCUGACUAUAUCUUGAAACUUCUAUCUGUUUGUCCCAUUCUAGAGGAGUUGGAAGCAAAGGAUGUAAUCCUUACGGCACUUUGUAAGGUUAUUCGUACAGCUAGAGAGGUUCUAAACCUAUCCAAUUUGGUCAGAGCUAACAUUUCCAAAGGUUCCAUCGAGUUUGAUUGGCUUUAUAACGUGAGCCAUCUCCGCAUACGAGAGACCUCCCCCUGUUAUUUACAUGGCAUGUUUCACAAUUUAACCCAUCUGGAGCUUAUAUUAGACUUCUGCGAACUCGCCUCGUUCAAGUGGAACUGGCUGAUGGAACAAUUUCAAUAUUUCCCCAAACUUCAAACUCUUAUCAUUCAUGAUGAUGAUGAUAUAGUAAACAGUAGUGAUGAUGACGAAGAUUGGGAGGAUCCAACUAUUGUUCCAGAAUGCCUCUUAUCUCAUCUCAGAACAUGCUCGCUUAUAAAUUAUAGCCGCAUUAACUGUGAGUUUCAAUUUGCUAAAUAUAUAAUGCAGAAUUCAAGAGUAUUAAGGACCAUGACAAUUCAGAGUGCCAAAUCCUUAGAGUGCAAUACAAAGCACCAAAUGUUCAUGGAAUUAUCUUUGUGCCCAAAGGUUUCAGCCACAUGCCAACUUUUAUUCAUUUGA